AUGGCGACAAACAGCUUUGAACAGGUGCGAGAGGCAAUAUACUGUAAGAUGUACGGUGGCCAGUGGGAUGAUGCCCUAUACUGGUGCGAAAAACUUAUGUCGUUACGCGUGACCACCGCCGAAGACGUGGUCUGCUACUGUCUCUGUCUGUUGUUUUCCAAGCAGUACAAUCUUUUGCUGUCGUACAUGGAACGCAAUGGAUUGGUCAGUUGCCAUCGGUUGUUUCGGCUAUGGGCAGCAAAGUGUCUGCUGGCGUUACGCCGAUACGCGGACGUCGUUCAGUUGUUCGACGGCCAGUGCACCCCGACCGCUAUAUCUUUGCCCAAUGUCCGCACGAGCGACUUCGACGGGUACGGCGACCAGUGGAAGGUGGACAGUGGCCUCCUGCUUGCGCUUGGCAAAGCGCACGAGGAGCUGAAUGCCCGUGACCAGGCCGCCGAAGCCUAUCGACAGUGUCUGUUCAUUAAUCCAUUCUGCGCGGAAGCGUUCGGCCUUCUACUCGAUCAUCACCUGCUGAGCGUGAAGGAAAUGUGCCAGGUUGUACGGCUUAUUUUCGCGCAAAAGGCCGUCAAGUCGCGGUCACGGUCACCUUCGCCCUACUCGAACAACGACGUUAAUGCGCUGGGCUCGUCCUCGGUAGGAAGCGCUGCAGCCUCCGCGAACAGCUGCGAAAUCGCGGAGACGGUUUACAAGCUGAAGCUUGGUCAACUGAACGAGAGCGAUUUGACCGGACCGUUGUCACCCCUCAGACAUGGCUUCCAUUUCCAGCUGAUCACCGCUAAAAGGCUGUAUUCCCAAGGCAAAUACCGCGAAGCUUUGAAAAUCACGAAUGACAUGUUGAUACGCGACGAGUAUCGCAAGGACUGUUACCUGCUUCAUAUCAAUUUGCUGACGUCACUUAGUAUGGUGAUUUCUUGGUACGCCGUUGCCUGCUACUACUACUGUACGGAGAAGUACGAAGAAGCGAAAAAGUUUUUCUGCAAGAGCAUAGGCAUCAGCAGUCAUCACGAUUUCGUUUGGAUCGGUUAUGGUCAUAGUUUUUCAGCCGCCAACGAACACGAUCAAGCAAUGCUGUGCUACUGUCGAGCCUGGACAAUGUACUGUUUGUGCAACAACUUGAAGCUAGCUGAAAAAAUUAUGCUCGAUGCGCUUGCUUUGUCUCCCGAUGACCCUUACGCACUUCAGGAGAUCGGCGUGUUGACGUUUAAGCAGGGAUCGUACGAAGCUGCGCGGGAUUACCUGAACAAGGCGCUGGAGAAGAUCACUGCAGGCAGAUCAAUUGCUUCCCUCUCUGCUGUAUGGAAACCGCUGCUGAAUAAUCUCGGUCACGUCUAUCGGAAGCUGAAGCUGUACGACGAAGCAAUCAAAUUUCACGAGGACGCUCUGCUUCUAGUUCCCGACGACCCGUCGUCCUUUACUAGUAUCGGCUUCAUCUUUAUGCUAAAAAACCAAUUCUCUGACGCCGUCGAAUGGCUGCAUCGGGCGCUGUCCCUUAAACAGGAUGACACGUUAGCGACGAGUCUAUUGUCGAGGGCGAUGGAUGCAUGGGGUUGGGUGUUAGAGCCUGCCACCGUCUUUCAAGAAAAACAGCUCUCCUUGGCUGAUCUCAGAAGGUCGAUGAUGGAAUUGCGAGAUCACCCGACGGCAAACAGUUCCAUAAGCGACAUGGCUUCUGACCUUUCGAUUGACACAUGCACUGGUCACGAUGUUAUUUACCCUCCUAUUCGAUGCCUUCGUUUUCCUGAUGCUAUGUCUGAUGAUUAG